UUUAAUUGCAUUUCAUUAUAAUGAAUUUUGAACUGAUUAAAAUCCAAACUAACUCAUUAUUUGCAAAAAAUAAAAAAUCAUUUUUUUUCACUGAAAUUCACACGACAUGCGUGUUAUGUAACAUCGAUUUGUAAUCAUACGCUGAAGUGCCGCGACGAAAAAAGGAAGUUAUAAUCUGGUUCAACAGGAAAUUGAAUGCAAGAAUACCUUGUCAUUUUACAGGAAAAGACGAUUUUGAUGAUGGAUCAAUCUACUUUGUACCUAUGGUUGUUUUUAGUAUUAAUGGUGGCAACAACCUCAGCAAACAAUUUUACGUUUGAGGCCAACGAAACAAAGCGGUUUGUUUAUGGACAUGAUGGAAUGCAGAUGUAUUGCACUGUUUGUGCACCUGGAAUGUAUGAUAAAGAAUCCAAUCCUGAGUGUAUAAAAAAUAAUAACCUUCAAAUGCCAGGAGGUGGACAAACACCGAUGUGCAAGGAGAGCGCAACGGGCGGGGUCAUUCCAGGCUGUGGACCUUUGCCAAUGUCAGAUGGACUUUUCUGGAAGACGAAGUCCGGUAGACAAGUUCAGACCAAUAGCACGGUGUAUGAAGUGUAUACCCCGCAGUGUAGAAACGGCGAAUUAAACAGAGACACAGCUAAUGUCCGCUGUUGGGAGACAUUAAGGUGGGAUGUCGACCCAGCUGACUUCCGGUGCACAGAUAUUCCAUUCUGUUCUACUAUCUGCAUUAUUGGGAUCUGUGCUGGGGUUGGUGCGCUUGUUUUAGCUGCCUUAAUAACACUCAUUGUGUAUGCUGUUUAUCGUAGCCGGCGGAAAACACCCGUCCCCACCGAGGAGCCUGAUGAUGCCCCAUUGAAGGAAUCCACAUACAAAGUCAGCAAUACCCCCGGGGGGCAGCAACCUGAAACAAAGGGGGAUUUUGUACAAAUGACAGUUGCGAAACAGGAAUCGGCUUCUGCCUGAGUACAAAAACUUCCGCGACUCACGUGAUUUAUAAUAAUGACACAAACGAAGACUGACAGGGAACAUCCAUAUUCUCAUUUAGAUACGGACAUAAAUGCAUUUAAUUACACCUGUAUUGAAUGUGGCAUAAUGUUCUGGAUGACAAUUGCCUCUGUAGUAAAAUGUUUAGUUCCCGCUCUUUAUUCUUUAUACAAUUUUAGUUGACGCGGAAAAUAUCAAAUUUCUUGCAUGUGAAUUUUUGGUAUGAACAAACACUGUGGCUUAUUAAUCAAACACUUUUUAUAUUCCAAUACUGUACAAUGUAUGUCCUUUUCUAACGUCAAAUACGUAUUAAAACUGUGAGAUCUUUGUUUUUACUGCAUACUUGUUUGUGCUUUUUCCAAAUUUUCAAAUAAAACUUAUAAAUUGAAGAAAACAAAAA